GGCGCUGGGGCCUCGUGGUGGGGUGGGUGUACGGGCGGCGGCCGCUCCUUCGCCUCGCCUGGGCCCUCCCGUGGCGCUCGGCGGCCCGCGCCUCAGCUGGAGACCCCGAGAAGGGGUGUAGACGAUUUAAUUCCUGUGUGUUCCACCUGGCGAAGUCCAUAUGCAUAGUCACUGUUUUAUGUUGUUGAAAGAAGAUAUUUGCAGUGAUGAAGAACUGAAUGUCAUCAUGUCUGGAAUCAAGCGAACCAUCAAGGAAACCGACCCUGAUUACGAGGAUAUAUCUGUGGCCCUUCCAAAUAAGCGGCAUAAAGCAAUUGAAAAUUCAGCUCGAGAUGCAGCUGUACAGAAGAUCGAGACUAUCAUCAAGGAACAAUUUGCUCUUGAAAUGAAGAAUAAGGAACAUGAAAUUGAAGUCAUUGACCAGCGACUGAUCGAGGCAAGAAGGAUGAUGGAUAAACUUCGUGCCUGCAUUGUGGCCAACUACUAUGCUUCUGCAGGUCUUCUGAAAGUUUCUGAGGGGUCAAAGACAUGUGAUGCAAUGGUUUUUAAUCAUCCUGCCAUCAAGAAGUUUUUCGAAUCACCAUCUAGAUCAUCAUCUCCUGCCAAUCAGAGAUCAGAAACACCAUCAGCAAAUCAUUCAGAAAGUGAUUCUUUAUCUCAGCACAAUGACUUCUUAUCUGAUAAAGACAAUAACAGUAACGUGGACAUAGAGGAAAGAUUGUCAAACAACAUGGAGCAGAGACCAAGCCGGAAUACUGGAAGGGACACUUCCAAUACCACUGGCUCCCAUAAAACAGACCAGCGGAAUGCUGACUUUACAGGGGAUGAAUCGUCACGACUUUUUGUGAAGAAAACAAUAGUGGUGGGCAAUGUGUCCAAGUAUAUACCUCCAGAUAAAAGAGAAGAAAAUGACCAGUCAACCCAUAAGUGGAUGGUAUAUGUCCGAGGGUCUCGUAGAGAACCCAGCAUUAAUCAUUUUGUCAAGAAAGUUUGGUUCUUCCUUCAUCCCAGCUAUAAACCAAAUGACCUCGUGGAGGUUAGAGAACCUCCUUUUCAUCUGACCAGAAGAGGCUGGGGUGAGUUUCCUGUCAGAGUCCAAGUGCACUUUAAGGACAGCCAGAACAAGAGGAUAGAUAUCAUACACAACCUGAAGCUGGAUAGAACUUACACUGGCUUGCAGACUCUUGGAGCAGAGACGGUAGUGGAUGUUGAGCUCCAUCGGCAUUCUCUUGGAGAAGACUACAUUUAUCCUCAGUCCUCUGAAUCAGAUGUCUCUGAUGCCCCUCCAUCUUUGCCUUUAACCAUUCCAGCCCCAGUGAAAGCUUCCUCACCCAUAAAGCAGUCACACGAGCCAGUACCUGACCCCUCUGUGGAGAAAGGAUUCCCAGUUAACACUGAAGCUGAGAGACACACUACAUUUUAUUCUUUGCCAUCUUCAUUGGAACGAACACCCACCAAAAUAACAGCAUCCCAGAAAGUUACCUUUUGUUCUCAUGGCAAUUCAGCUUUCCAGCCAAUAGCAUCAAGCUGCAAGAUUGUGACACAAAGUCAGGUUCCUAAUCCUGAGUCACCUGGCAAGUCCUUCCAGCCCAUCACCAUGAGCUGCAAGAUUGUGUCAGGUUCCCCAAUAUCAACUCCAAGUCCAUCACCAUUGCCUCGAACCCCAACUUCUACUCCAGUCCACGUGAAGCAAGGCGGUGCAGGCUCUGUUAUUAGUAACCCUUAUGUCAUCAUGGACAAGCCCGCACAGGUUAUUGGUGCCACUGCUCCCGGUACAGGAAGUCCUACAAGCAAGCCCUCCACUGCCUCCCAGGCCUCUCAGGGACCAGCUUCCCCCAUUCCUAGAAUCCAUGGAAGUAGUUUUGUCUCAUCUGCUGUCAAGCAGGAGGAUUCUUUGUUUGCGUCUAUGCCACCUCUUUGCCCAAUCGGAAGUCACCCUAAGGUUCAAAGCCCCAAACCUAUAACCGGAGGACUCGGAGCUUUCACCAAGGUGAUCAUCAAACAGGAACCUGGCGAAGCCCCCCACGUGCCCACGUCAGGAGCUGCCAGCCAGUCACCACUCCCCCAGUACGUGACUGUGAAAGGGGGUCACGUGAUCGCCGUGUCUCCCCAAAAGCAGGUCAUCACUGCUGGAGAAGGGUCUGCCCAGUCACCCAAGAUUCAGCCCUCCAAGGUUGUUGGGGUGCCAGUUGGGACUGCUUUACCUCCAGCAGUGAAACAGGCUGUGGCCAUCAGUGGUGGCCAAAUCCUUGUAGCCAAGGCCAGCUCUUCUGUCGCCAAAGCAGUGGGUCCAAAGCAAGUUGUGACCCAAGGAGUUGCCAAAGCCAUUGUGAGCGGAGGUGGAGGAACCAUCGUUGCUCAGCCGGUGCAGGCUUUAGCCAAGGCGCAGGUCACUGCCUCUGGCCCUCCAAAGAGCGGAUCCCAGGGCUCAGUGAUGGCAACGUUGCAGCUACCAGCCACUAAUUUGGCUAACUUGGCAAAUUUGCCUCCUGGCACCAAACUGUACCUGACCACCAACAGCAAGAACCCUUCAGGAAAAGGAAAAUUGCUGCUGAUCCCACAAGGAGCCAUCCUGCGAGCUACCAACAGCGCUAACCUCCAGUCUGGCUCAGCUGCUGCUGGUGCAGGAGGAGGGGGCGUCGGCACAGGAGGUGGAGGAGGGGGAGGUGGAGGAACCCAAAGCACCACUGGCCCUGGAGGGAUAUCCCAGCACCUGACUUACACGUCCUACAUCCUCAAGCAAACUCCCCAGGGCACAUUUUUAGUUGGCCAGCCAUCCCCACAGACACCUGGAAAACAGCUGGGUGCUGGGUCAGUGGUCCAAGGAUCACUGGGAGUAAGCACACCUGCACAAGGACAGCAAACCUUGAAAGUCAUCUCUGGGCAGAAAACCACCUUGUUUACGCAGGCAGCCACUGGAGGACAAGCGUCCAUAAUGAAAGUGUCUGAUAGCUCGUUGAAGUCCUUGCCAGCCACCUCACAGCUCUCAAAGCCUGGGGCCACAAUGCUGAGAGUAGCAGGGGGGCUUAUCACAACAGCCACCUCCACAGCCGUGGCCCUCUCGGCAAACAGCCCCGCCCAACAGUCUGAAGGGACAGCCCUUGGCUCCUCAUCUACUAUAGGUUCUGUGAUGAAAACUUCUGGGCAGCAGCAAGUGUGUGUGAGCCAGACAGCAGUGGGAACCUGCAAAGCUGCUGCCCCUGGUGGCGUCAGUGCCUCAUCCCUGGUGUCCACACCAGCCCCUGUCUCUGGAAAAGCCACAGUGUCAGGAUUGUUGAAGAUUCACUCCAGUCAGUCCAACGCCCAGCAGGCUGUCCUGACAAUUCCCAGCCAGCUCAAACCACUCAGUGUAAACACUUCCGGAGGCAUGCAGACUAUACUGAUGCCUGUGAACAAAGUGGUCCAGUCAUUUUCUGCCACCAAGUCACCUGCCAUCCUGUCCGUAGGUGCCUCGACUCCAGUUGUCCCCAGCUCCACUCCAGCCACUGUUGCAAAAGUGAAGACUGAACCGGAGACACCUACGCCGAGCUGCCUUGCUCAGGAGGGCCAGACAGCAGUGAAAGCGGAGGAAAGCUCUGAGCUGGGCAGCUAUGUCAUUAAGAUAGACCAUUUAGAAACGAUCCAGCAACUCUUAACAGCAGUGGUAAAGAAGAUCCCGUUAAUCACUGCAAAAAGUGAAGAUGCCAGCUGUUUUUCUGCGAAGUCUGUGGCGCAGUAUUACGGCUGGAAUAUUGGGAAACGCAGAGCCGCUGAGUGGCAAAGAGCAAUGACAAUACGAAAAGUCUUACAAGAAAUCCUGGAGAAGAACCCCAGGUUUCACCACCUGACGCCCCUGAAAACCAAGCACGUUGCUCACUGGUGUCGCUGCCAUGGCUACACCCCCCCGGACCCCGAGAGCCUGAGGAAUGAUGGGGACACGAUCGAGGACGUGCUGACCCAGAUCGACAGCGAGCCAGAGUGCCUGUCAUCCUUGACCUCUGCGGACAACCUCUGCCGGAAGCUGGAGGACCUUCAGCAGUUUCAGAAGAGAGAACCCGAGAAUGAGGAGGAGGUGGACAUCCUCAGCCUCACAGAGCCCUUAAAGAUAAGCGUCAAAAAAGAGCAGGAGGAGAAGCAGGAGGAGAGGAAAUUCUACUUGCCACCAACACCAGGGUCUGAAUUCAUCGGGGACGUCACACAGAAGAUUGGAAUCACGCUGCAGCCUGUGGCACUCCACAGGAACGUGUACGCGUCGGUCGUGGAGGACAUGAUUUUAAAGGCUACAGAGCAGCUGGCGAGUGAUAUCCUGCGGCAGGCUCUGGCAGUUGGAUACCAGACGGCAGCUCCCAACAGGAUUCCCAAAGAAAUCACAGUGAGUAAUAUUCACCAGGCCAUUUGCAACAACCCUUUCUUGGACUUCCUUACGAACAAACACAUGGGGAUACUGAAUGAGGAUCAGUGAACAGGCUGAAGCUGCCCCGGAAAAGCAGGCUCUGGCGCCAAUCCGAAACGUGCGGAACUGUGAUGCCUCUUCUGUGGGGGAAAGGCGACUUUCCGCGAGCAUCAGAGCAGCAUGGCUGCCAGACGACUGCCUCCACCUGAUCCAGUGUAACACCAGAUAAAAUCCCUUUAGGAUGGAAGCUUGUUUCCCGGUUCUGGAGUGAAGCCCUGUCAGCUCGCAUCUGUCCACUUGCUCUAAAGGCUCCACAAGAGGAUCUUGGAGCUGGACCAGGCCGUGGGGUCAGGUCCUUCUCUGUCUGGGUGCCCUCCAGGGAGCCUGAUGUGCUCGAGGUCUCACCCACUGGGGUUACAGGCAGCCCCCACAACUACUCUGGUAACCUCUAAAGACGGAUCAGCUUCCGCACUCAGCGCUGCUCCUGGCCGGCCUUGGUGUGGAGGGCCCACCCUGUCAGCCCAGGCCAGUCAGCUACAGGAGGAGGUAACGCUGUGCAGAGUGCCACAGGCUGCAGACCAAGCAGAAUUCUGUCUUCAUGGAGCGCAGGAGCGUCACUGUGGCAACAUCCAGGGCUGCAGGGCCCAGCCUAGAUGAGUGAAGGUUCGGCUAUAACCCAAGAAGCUCUAAACUUGCUGUAACAGGCAGCAUCCACAGAUCCCGAGCCUCGGCAGAGUCGUUAACGGCUUUGAGCACCUGUGUGCUGGGCAGGUCACUGGCUGGCACCGUCUUCGUGGCCUGCAGGACAUUCUGCCUAAUCCAUAGGAGUGGCCGUGAGUGAGCAGCCCUGGGCACCGGCUCUGCUGGGACCCAGUGUCCUCAUCUUCUCUGUCAAGGGGGUGUUUGCUGAGAAGAAAGGUGUUUAAAGGAAACACCAGUCAGUGCCUUAGAGACAGAGAGGUAGCCGCCCAGCCAGCAGACAGACAGCAGUGCUCGGCAGGAGUGCGAUAGUGUCCACAAGCACAAAAGUCAGCAGGGCCAGGAGUGCGAUAGUGUCCACAAGCACAAAAGUCAGCAGGGCCACUGUGUAAUGGCCCAGGCCACUGAAGGUGUCCCGGCCUUUCUGACGUGGUCUGUGUGGAAGUUAAGGACAAGAAUUUAUACUCAACAAUCGGCUCUUAUUCUGCUUGAAGAAAAUUUGAAACUUCGAAUCAGAGAAAUUUGUCUGAGCAACAUCGUUGUGGUUUUCAUGAGUUAGAUGUUUGAGCCUGGAAAAUAAGGCGGGAAGGUGACCGGGUGAUUAUCCAGCGUCUAAGCAUUGCAGGUGCAGAAGGGAUGUAUUCAGUAGGCUCUAGGACGUGCCCUGACCUAAUAACAAGUUGUUUAGGAUGUAAAGGCUCAAAUACUGUAUGUCUGAACUACCCCAGGCAAGGUAGGCAGGUGUGUAGAUUCAUUCAUUGGACUGUCAGGUCUAUAGGACAGAAGGUUUGAAUCAGAUGAGAACAGACUCGUUUAUUACAGGUGUGACAGCCUAACGAAGUUAACCUUUUUGCAAAAGAAAUAUUAAAUAAUUCAACAACCCCCAUGCAUGUUAAUGUUUCCAUUGUAGUGUAUCAUAUGUAACAUAAUUGUGUAACAAAAAUGUCUGCAAUAAAUCUUCUAGUGUUUGA